GGUAAUGACAGAAACGGGAGUGCUCUCCCCAACCUUCAGUGUGCGCUCUUCAGUGUACGUCCAGCUCCGUGCUACGGCUUCCUCUGUCUUGAUGGCGAUGUGAGUCUUCCUGUGGAAUCCUGACUUGUGCAUUCAGUGGGAUAUUGUUUGUGCACGCUGGAUGAUGGGAGAGGACAGUAGGAUGCUCAACGGAGCAAUGUUGGCCACUUUGACUGCGGUUCUUCUGCUUUUGAUCACUUCAGUGCGUGCAAUGGAAGAUACAGUGAUGGAUACGAGGACAGCGACGGCUGAGCUUGGCUGGAUCUCAUUCCCUGCCAAUGGCUGGGAGGAGGUGAGUGGCUAUGAUGAGAACCUCAACACCAUCAGGACAUAUCAAGUGUGCAAUGUGUUCGAGCCCAGCCAGAACAACUGGCUCCUCACCACAUACGUUGACAGACGGGCAGCACUGCGUAUCUAUGUGGAAAUCCGCUUCACUGUACGAGACUGUGCCUCCAUCCCCAGUGUUCUUGGCUCCUGCAAAGAGACGUUCAAUCUUUACUACCUGGAAACAGACAGGGCUGUGUCAGAGGGCAUCCGAGGGGUUGAAUACUGGGCAAAUGCCCCCUUUCUUAAGGUGGACACCAUUGCCGCAGAUGAGAGUUUUUCCCAAGUCGAUUUUGGUGGGAGGUUGAUGAAGGUGAACACAGAAGUUCGAAGUUUUGGCCCACUUUCCAAAGGAAAAGGCUUUCAUUUGGCUUUCCAGGAUCUAGGAGCCUGUAUGUCCCUCCUUGCCGUCAGAGUUUUCUUCAAAAAAUGUCCCAGCAUAGUUCAGAACUUUGCUUACUUCCCAGAGACACUUACUGGAGCAGAAUCCACAUCACUUGUCAUUGCCAGAGGAAGUUGUAUCCCCAAUGCAGAGGAAGUGGAUGUGCCCAUAAAGCUUUACUGUAACGGCGAUGGAGAGUGGAUGGUACCCAUUGGCAGCUGCAGCUGUAAGGCCGGGUAUGAACCGGACGGUGACAACCUGUGCAGAGCUUGUCCACAGGGCACCUUUAAAUCAUCCCAGGGGCCCGGAUUAUGUCAACAAUGUCCACUUAACAGUCGGUCCACCGUCGAGGCUGCCUCCCUUUGUGGAUGUCGGAAUGGUUACUAUCGUGGUGACAUGGACAAACCACAGGACUUGUGCACCAGUGUUCCUUCAGGUCCUCGAAACUUGGUCUCAGUUGUUAACCAGACAUCAGUGCAACUGGAGUGGCAUCCACCACGUGACAUCGGGCAUCGUGAAGACUUGUCCUAUAAUGUGUUGUGCCACCGUUGUCACAACAAUGAGCGACGGUUGUGUCAGCCAUGCGAUGACAGCGUGGCAUAUGUUCCAGGCCGGAGGGGAUUAAAAGUAACUAAGGUGGAAAUCAGCAAGCUGCGGGCCCACACAUCAUACACCUUUGACAUACAGGCAGUCAAUGGAGUUUCCAACAAGAGCCCUUAUCCCGCCCAGCAGGUGUCAAUCAACAUUACAACCAAUCAAGCUGCUCCUUCAGUGGUACCCAUAAUGCACCAAGUGAGCUCAACAAGCCGCAGUUUCUCAUUGUCGUGGCCGCCCCCUGAACAUCCCAAUGGAAUAAUCCUCGACUAUGAGAUACGAUACUAUCAUCAGUCUCACCCUUCAGAGUUUAAUAGUUCAGUAGUUCAGAGCGAGACACCCAGUGUGAUUCUGGAAGGGCUGAGGCCAGGCACCGGCUAUGUGGUUCAGGUGAGGGCUCGCACUGUGGCUGGCUAUGGAGCCUACAGCAAAGAGAUGCUCUUCCAAACACUCACUGACGAUGAGUUCAAAUCAGAGCUUGGACAGCAGCUCUCCUUGAUUGCAGGCUCCUUAGUAGGCGGAGUUUGUAUUGUUUCUCUGGUUGCCAUCGCCAUCUUUUGUACCAGGAGAAGGCAGUUGAAAGAGAGUGUGUAUGGUGAUAAGCUGCAGCAGUACAAUGCAGGGGGAGAGGUGACACUGAGAAGUGAUAUUUUUAGUGGUCCUACCCCCACGGUGACAUUCCCCACCCUGUCUGAUGGUCACAGUUCACCUGGGGUCAAGAUCUACAUCGACCCUUUCACCUACGAAGACCCCAAUGAGGCUGUCCGAGAGUUUGCCAAGGAAAUUGAUCCCUCAUGUGUCAAGAUUGAGGAAGUCAUUGGUUCAGGCGAGUUUGGAGAGGUGUACAAAGGCCGACUAAAACCUGUGGGGAAAAGAGAAAUUGCCGUUGCCAUUAAGACUCUGAAGGUGGGCUACACUGAGAGGCAGCGGCGGGACUUUCUGUCUGAGGCAUCAAUCAUGGGCCAAUUUGACCAACCAAAUAUUAUUCGGCUGGAAGGCGUGGUGACCAAGAGCAGGCCCACGAUGAUUAUCACAGAAUUCAUGGAAAAUGGAGCUCUUGAUUCAUUUCUCAGGCAAAAUGACGGGCAAUUCCCAGUGAUCCAACUGGUUGGUAUGCUGAGAGGCAUCGCUUCUGGAAUGAGGUACCUGGCAGAGAUGAGUUACGUUCACAGAGACUUGGCUGCUCGCAACAUCCUGGUUAACAGUAACCUGGUGUGUAAGGUGUCCGACUUUGGCUUGUCUCGUUAUCUGGAGGAAGAUACUUCUGAUCCUACCUACACAAGCUCCCUGGGUGGUAAAAUCCCAGUGCGGUGGACAGCCCCAGAGGCAAUCGCCUAUCGGAAGUUCACGUCAGCUUCAGAUGUUUGGAGCUAUGGGAUUGUCACCUGGGAGGUGAUGUCAUACGGCGAAAGGCCUUACUGGGAUAUGAGUAACCAAGAUGUGAUCAAUGCCAUUGAGCAGGACUUCCGACUUCCAGCUCCCAUGGACUGUCCAACAGUUCUCCAUCAGCUGAUGCUGGACUGCUGGCAAAAAGACAGGAACGCUCGCCCAAAGUUCCCCGAUGUUGUCAACAUGUUGGACAAAAUGAUACGCAACCCCGCAUCCCUGAAAGCCGGCACCAACAAUGUUGCGCCAGGUCCUUCCCAUCAUCCUUUGUUAGAUUGUGGUGCUCCAGAUCUGAGCCGGUUGAGCUCUGUGGAGGACUGGCUGGCCGCACUUAAAAUGAGCCAAUACAGAGAUUCCUUCCUGGGAUCAGGCUUCACCUCCUUGCCACUCGUCACUCAAAUCACUGCAGAAGAUCUUCAGAGGAUUGGAGUGUCUCUAGCUGGACACCAGAAGAAAAUCCUUACAAGCGUUCAGUCAAUGAGGCACCACGUCGAUGACCAGUCUCCUACUAAAUCCAUAUGAUCGCCACAUUCAAAUUGGUGCGUUUUUAAGUCUUCAGGCAAGGGCGGCGUGCUGUAUUUCAUGCAUGUACGUCUUUCCUCACCAGUCACUGUUCAGACUCAAGUUCUUCUAUUUCUCUUCCGGGAUUGCUUUCAACUUCAUGCCUCAGUGGAAGUGAUUAAUCCACAUUUGCAAGCGCCGAUGCAAGGUUAGCAGUUCUUUGAGUGGUGAAAAGAAUGACAAGUAUCUGCUCUUUACAAGACCAGAUCGGCUCUGACCUGAAUGGACUACGAUAAUAAAGGCCCAUUUUCAUCCAUCCAUCCUCUUUACCAACUUGACCGUUUGAUUCAAGACCAGAUUCUCCACCUUAAGCAGCCACUGUAUGAACAUGCUGGCAUGGCAAAACUGUCUUGAAAGAAUAACUGUGUGAACAAAAACUGUCCCAAAAAAGCCAAUUUCAUGGUUCUUGUGUAGAAAGAUGGAAAAAGUCUUAUGUCAUUGUCUCAGUGACAACUGCCACGACUUGAAUACAGGAGAACCCAUGGUUAAGUGAGAUGAUGACAAGCUUAUCUUCAUAUUGAAGAAUCUGUACAUAUUAUGAUAUGGGGUGUUUAUUUCCGAUCUGAUCAUUUGUUUUUACUGUGAUUGUGAAUAGUGUGCUUUGCAAUUUCCUUCUUUCAGUUUUUGAUGAAAUGGAAUUACAAUCUGUUGCUUUAACAAACAGGCGGUACAUUUUUCUUGGUACUUUUGGCAAUCCAAGUAGUAUAUCACCUCUUCCAUGCAAGGAUGUACAAUGGCUGACCUAAUUAGUUAAUUCAUUCAAAGUACUUCAAAUUAGGGUUGUUAAAUUUAGCACAAAUACUCUCUGAAGCUCAUCUUGGGAACGAGUAAAGUCCCAUUCAAUAAAAGAUAAUAUUAAAAUAAAAGACAGGAAACGAGUACACAACGUCAACAGACAGGCCACAGCAUGCGUCAAAUAUUCAAGGGAGAAUGACUGAACAAUUACUCAAAUGAAAUGUUCCUGUUGUGCACAAAUUGCAGUAGGUCGCACAAACAAGAGAGAAUCAUGUGAUUGAGCUGCAAAACCGACAUAUGACAGGAGGUCAAUCACUCAUUUUUUAGCACAGCACAUCAGAUGUCAUAACUGCAACAUCAAAUUUCAUUCAUAUUACUUUAGAUGACAUCGGAAGGGUGAUGAGCAUUUUGUACCAGGCCUUGGGGCUUUGCAUCAGUCUGAUUUUCAACUCACUGGUCACCUGAUUGUGACAUUGUUGAUUGGUAGGUUGAGGCAGUGAUGAUGAUUAAAACUAGAAAUAAUAUGUGGUGAAUUGCCUGUAAAAAAAAUUUGGGUGUGGGGGGUGGGGGGGCAACUACUGACAGGCAUACAGUACCUGAAACAAUAGCAAAAUCCUACCCCUUUAAAUCGUAACAAUUGUGUGAUUUAAUAUUCCAAGAGUGCGGGGAAGUCACUUUUUUUCCUAGUCCCCUACUGUAACGAAAUGCACAAAGCAAAAUCCGUACAGACAUCAUGAGAUGAGUUAUGUGGUGUAAGAAAUUAGGAGCCCUGACGUCAACCCUGUCAAACCGCCGUGACAGCUGCAAAAGUGACCCCAACUUUAGUUUCUUCCAUUUUCUGUGAACCAAGUGUUAAAUUAUUAUUUUGACUGGGUUUCGUUUGUGCGUGGCUGAAAUCUGCAUUUUAUCAAGCAUGACUGUUCUUCACAGCAUUUCUUUCUGGCUUUGAUCAUAUUUGGCAAAUAUUAAAAUCACUCAAUUUUCCGCCGGUGUGAGAAUAGCUGCACGUGUUGCCUUGCAUCCGGAGUAUGUUAAAAUACUAAAUCGUAAUAAUAAAAUAAUCACAAUAAUAUUAAAAAAGGUGGUCAAAAAUUUGCUGUCAUGAACUGGAAGUGUGUCAGCAGUUUGUCAUCCCUAGGGAAAAUGUAUUGGUUUUCAAAAACUGAGAUAAGGUGCCAAUAAGCUUACGAACAUGGAAAAACCUGUACUUCUAAAUAUUUUAUUUCGAUGAGCUCACAUCAAUGUGUUAGUGAAAAUUACCCACUGCAAGAUUUUUGCUACUACAGAUGUAACUAAAUAUCUCAGGAAAACGGAGGGUGAGUUUUGUUCACGGUCACAUGUAUCUUAAGUUGGUUGUUCUUGCACUAUGUCGAGGUACAGGAUAUUAAUAACAUAGUUUUAAGAAUUUCAGAAUUCACAAUUCCACCGAAAUACCACAAAAUGAGGAAAGUGUAUUUAAAAAAUGAAGUACAAGAUGAAAUUAGCACAUUUUCUUUAUUUGGGGGCUUUUGUGAAUGUCUUGCAGCCAUAAAAUUGUAAGUUCAUGAUUAUUUGCUGAAAACCAUAAGUUUACUAGUUUUAACAUUAAAUAUCUUGUCUUUGUAAUGUAUCAAAUGACCGUAUUUUCUGCACUAUAAGGCAUUUUGGAAUACAAGGCGCACCUUCAAUGAAUGACAUAUUUUAGAACUGUUUUUAUACAUAGGGCGCACGACAUUAUCAGGCAAUUAGAAUAGAAUCGACAAUAGUGUCUGCGGUUGCGUGAUACAGACCAUCGAUGGAGCUACGCUAAAAGGAAUUCAUACAAUACAGCUUUAUUUGUAUCGAGUUUACACAACCACUGGAGCUACUUUACAGAUCAUUUAAAAUACUACAUCCAAGAAAUCAGAAUAUUCAUCCAUAUAUAAGGUGUAUCGGAUUAGGAUGCCCACUGUCAGAUUUUGAGAAACUUGAAUACAUUUAGGUGUGCCUUAUAGUGUGGAAAAUACAGUAAAUAUAGGUUGAACGUAAAUUAUUGUAAGUUCCUAACUUCAUUGGAAUUGAGUUUGUAAAUUACAAAGUGAGAUACCAUCAAUCUUUAGUCCAAACCCAGCCAAGUGCAUCAUGCAUUGACACAAUAUGUUUUGAGAACAUCUUAAGCUUAUGUUGCUUGCUUUGCUGGAAUAUCGGAAGCUUGAUGACUAAUCCUGACAUUUGCAGAUGUGGCUUAUAUAGAACCGGUUAUUUCACCACUAAACAGAGACACUGAAAAGCUACCUCUUAACAUGAAACCUUAUAACGUGUGUUCUACAUACUCGGCCAAUAAAGAUGAUUCUGAUUCUGAUUCAGAUUCUGAAGAUAAGCCAACCGUCUGAGGCUUUUUACAUUUCCCUGCUCCUCUGGUACUUCGAGUGUAUGACACUAUGCUGAGAUGAAAGGGAAAGUACAGAACAGCAGGAGGAUAAAGUUUAAGAAAUCUUCCAGUUCAUCUUCCAACAACAAUGAAGUAAACACAGUUGUGCUUUAAAUAAAUAAAUAAAUAAACCCGCAUACAGCUCACAGGCACAUGAUUGUGUCAUUUGUAUUAUCACAUAUUGCCAUACAGAGUUCAUGUAGAGUUCCCGGUACACACCAAUUUAGAUAUAUAUUUGUAAAAUGUUUUGUAUGUGGCAGAAGUCUCAACUGUGCAUUCUGAACAAAAACAGUGCCAAAAACAAUCUCACAGAUGCCAUUCAAUCCAUUAUUCAAGCCACACUUGUCAUUUUUACAAUACAAUACAAUACAAUACAAUACAAUACAAUACAUUACAUGCUGAUUUAUAUAACGCUUUCACAACAGCGGCAGCUGUAAUAAAGCGCUUAACAAAACAGUUAACAUAAAGUAAAAUAAUAAACACAACACAUAACAUAAAACACGGACAGUCAUGCAGUUCUAACCACUUUUCCAUUUGGACUGUUUUAUUUCACAAUGUUUUAAAAAAAAUCCAACAUGAUUAAACAUGCUCUCUGGAUGUGUUUUACCUUCUCAAUUAGUAAUUCUACCUUGGUAUGUGUUGUUCUUGUUAACUGUCAAACUAUGAAGGAUGCACUGAUGCUGUUUGUUGGUUUCUAAUUUAAAAGAAGAACAAGAGAUCAGUAAGAGCUCUAGUCUUCGUGUUUAUCUUCAAUGCUGUUUGUGUUACUGAUCAUUCAGUCAAAGCAUCUCCUGUAAUUUAUAAUAGCGUUGUACUAUAAUCGGUGUUUGCACACGCCUGUAUAUUAUCAGGGUGUGGGUGGGUGCAUUAUAUUUGCGUGCUGUUCAGUGUACUAAAAAUGUUUUGUGAAUGCAGGGUUGUAGACGUUAUCUUUUGGAGCCAUACAGUUGUAAUGCACUGCUGAUCAAUAAACAAAACAGUUAAUCAAGCUGUCAUUUUCUUAAAGAAA